AUGGUCACAGUGUUAAAUGGAGUACUUGUCAAAUGUGACCCCCCUAUAAUGAUGAUUAUUCACGACAUAAACUCAACCAUGAACUUCAUAAUUGAGCAAAUUGAUGAUCAAGUUGUUUUUUGCAAUAAUACUGUAUACCAAUUUUUGCAGGAUAAGGUGGAGAAGAGGUUAAAUGAUGCAGAAAGGAUUCGCAGUGAUAAUAGGUCGGGUAGGUAA